AUUCUGUAUAGAUAGUAAUACUAUUAUGUAACUUGUAUUUACAGAGCGUCAUCAUAAGAAUUGCUAAAGGAUUUUAAGUUAAAUCAACUUUAUUUUACUUUAUGUUCUAUUAGUAGAUUUAUAUAGUUAGUUACUCUGGUAACUCUGUUGUUGUAGUUGUUACCUGUACUUGUACAGAGAUAUUUGUAAGUUCCUGUACAGAACCUUUACUGUAAGGUGUGAAUGUCAUGGUUGCCAUGAUUUUUCGUUGCCUUGAAACUUACAGUGGGUCAUCUCCGAGUACAGACUGAAGGUAAACCCUUGUGUGCCCCGUUCUUUCUUACGCCCAUAUUACUUUCAAGGACUUGCUAUGCACGCUGAUUUCUGAGUUGCUAAAAUACUCAAAGUGAACGUGAGGCUGAAACAUGAAAAAAGAACCCUUUUGGGUUAAAAACACACUGUAAUUGAAAUGAAAAUAAAAUUACAAGGGGGGGGGGAUGAUAUUGGGGUAUCAAAGCACUCACCCCAGCUACUGUGAAGAGAAGCAACUCAAAAAAUGUCCUAAAAAUCACUUAUUCUCGAGUUAAUACCUGCUUUGCGAGUAAAGAUACAUUUACUAAGCUAGUAGGUAAUUUUCAUUGUUCAUCUGUAACAAUAAUCAUAAUAUCCCUUUUUCUGUUAUUUUUAGCAUGAGGUAGCGUCAUCGUAUGCCCACAAUGCUCAGAUCAUUGAAAAACAACUUGAAAGGAAAACGACUGCACAGAAAAGAGCAACGUCUGACCAGGUGCAGUAUUACAUCAUAACCAGUCCCCAAAUGUUUACCCUUGUUACAAUGUUUUCCUCUUCCUUCCUCUCUAACAUUUCUCACAACUCACAUUCUUUUGAGGAGAAAGACGUAAAAAAGAACCCUUUGGGACCAGGUUUAGGGCUGUGCUCUACCUGAGCCUGGUGGCCCCUGGCGUGCUUGGAACUUUUGCUCUUGGGUGACUAGAAAAUAAUUAUUACUUUUUGCAUACAAGUCAUAUGCUGGGCUCCCAGUUUUACAGGUUCAGAACACUGGGCCAAUACAAUUUUUCUUAGAGCACGUACAGCCUUGCAGGUUAUCUCUCACUAUUAUUUUGUCUCAAGAAGAUACUACAUUUGCAUUCUACCGGGACAUGGUAAUAAUUAUUAUUCUAUGGGUUCACAUCUUUUUCUAUGCGUAGAAGUCCAAUAGAAGCAAAUGUUUAGUAUUACUGCAUGUUUGCUAGGCAUUUAAUCAUUCACAGGGAGAUGGGGUCGGGAACUGCAAAAAGUCCCUUGGGGAACAUAGAAAGUAUUGGAUAAAUCAGAGGCAGCUGUAUGCAGACCCCAUUUGCCACUUCAGAAAUGAGAAGGGAAGCGGAGCUGAAAUGCCUCCCGCAAUUGUUUCUGGGAUGGUUACUAGGGACACACUGCUCAGCUAUUGGCCAAUUUUUUCCCUGUCCCCAGCAACAGUCCCAGAAGGCUUUGCAAAUGUUAACUCAGUCUAGUUUCCUUCUCCUUUCCUGAAUUGGCCCAUUGAUCACCUUUCCACUUUCUCCAAACUUCCUCUGCACACUUUUGAACUCCAAAGAUGGCAGCAACAUGCAGGAAAUAACUUAGAACUUGUGCACGCCCCCCCCGCCCCCCCACUCUCCUCAAAACCAAAAUGCCAUGGCAUGGCAUAUCUGCUCGUCAAAUAUUGCCCUGUAUCUCAUGCAGCUUUCAUCCAUUUUUGUUGCACAGAUGAAACAAGACCCAUCCAAGAAAGCAAGAGGCACACUUAUUGAUCGAGACUAG